UCUCACAGCUUGCUCAGCUGACAGGACCACCAACAGGAAAGAACAUGAGCCAGUCCAACCCAGGUAACAACUGCUCCUUCGCUGAUGUGGACCGGCUGAUGCAAACCGUGCAGCUGGUGGUCCACAUCCCCACCUUCCUCCUGGGCUUGGUCCUCAAUCUGCUGGCCAUCCAGCGCUUCCGCACCUUCCUGAGGAAGGAGUUGUCAGACUACGUUGCCACCAGCAUCUACAUGAUCAACCUGGCGGUCUUUGACCUGCUGAUGGUGCUCUCCCUCCUGUUCAAGGUUGUCCUGGUCUACGAGCAGGCUCCCUUUCCGUCCCUGUGUACCUUGGUGGAGUGCCUCUACUUCAUCAGCAUGUAUGGCAGCAUCCUCACAAUCUGCUUCAUCAGCCUGGAUAGAUAUGUGGCCAUCCAGUACCCGAUCCCGGUCAGGCACUGCCGGUCCCCCAGGAAGAUCUUCGGGAUCUGCUGCACCAUCUGGGUCCUGGUGUGGGUCGGGAGUAUCCCCUUCUACAACUUCAGCGGGGAAGUGGAAAGGUACACGUGCUUCAACAAUAUGUCCAGUAGCAUCUGGAGUGCCAAGCUCGUCUUCCCCGUAGAGGUGUUUGGCUUUCUUCUCCCCUUGGGUGUCAUGGGUUUCUGCUCCUCCAGGAGCAUUCACAUUCUGGUCCGCCGUCAUGAGCCCCACCAGGACCCCCACCAGGACCCCCGCCAGGACCCCCGCCGGGCCCUGAGUCAGUUGAAGAGGGCCUGCAUCUGGACCAUCGCAUCCAAUCUGGUUGUCUUCGUGGUCUCCUUCCUUCCAGUCCACCUGGCUGGCUUCUUGCAGUUCCUGGUGAGAAAUAACUUUAUUGUGGAGUGCAGAGCUAGGCAGAACAUCAGCUUGUUCUUGAAGUUGUCCAUGUGUCUCUCCAACGUCAACUGCUGCCUGGAUGUUUUCUGCUAUUACUUUACCAUCAAAGAAUUCCGCACGGGCAUCAAGGCCCCGCAGAAAUCCAAAGACCAGGUGAACCUCUCUUUGACUACUGUGGCCGGGGAGGAAAGCCCUCCUCAGAGAAGGGAAACUCCAGCCCCGAGUCCUAGCAGCAGACAUCCUGUUCCGGGAUGCUGCGGCGGGACGAUGCGGGGGGCACUGACUAGCGUGCUCUUUUAG